AUGGUACUGGCAUUUUGUAGACGUGGUUCGGUUAUUCCCAUUUGUUUCUAUCUAUUGGUGGGGGGGUAUAUGAAGGAACGAAACAGUGGAUUGAGGAAUGAAAGCUCGAAGACAAAGAGAACCGGGCUUUUCCAAAGAAUUACUGCAGCUUUGCUGCUCCCUUUUUUUAUCAUAUACAAAAAAGUCUCUUCCACUUUCCUACCAAAUCUCUCUUUAUUCUGGCAUAUAAAUGAAGGGAUCGAAGAGAUUAUGGCAGAUUAUGUUCACCAAGAAAUGACCCGAAAUUUUAUCUUGGUCUAUUUGAGAUUGUUCCUUUUAAUCGUAAUCAAAGAUGUUUUCUUGUCUCUCGUUUCUUUUCUGAACAAAUCGAAGAACCUAAUGGAUCGA